ACUCAUUUGGUCAGUCACGGGGCCAAAACCAGUGUUUGGAGCCACAGUGUGGCAGUGGAGGCAGCAGCAAUGGGAGGCCAUACAGCAACCUAUGACAAAAUGGAAACCAGCAGGAGUGUGAGGAGACCUGAAAGUGGCACAUGGCAGAGUGGGAGCAAUGGGAGGCCGUACAGGGACCCAGGUCACACUGUGGGACCAGCAGCAGCGUGACCAGGCGGUACGGGGGCCCAUGGCCGAUUUGGGGCCUGGCGGCACCUAUGGGAGGCCUGUAAUCUGCCAGCAACCUAUGACAAAAUGGAAAACCGCAGGAGUGUGAGGAGACCUCAAAGUGGCACAUGGCAGAGUGGGAGCAAUGGGAGGCCGGUACAGGGACCCAGGUCACACUGUGGGCCCAGCA